CCCCAGCCCCACCAAAUUCAUCCCUUCCUAAAUAUAGCAAAAAGGUUUUCAAUAGGGCGCCUACAGCUUCCAAUUCAAUAGCAGCCCAGCAGCUGGGCAGCUCCACGAACACAUCAUUCCAAGAAUUUCCACUCUCAUUCUAACUUCCCCCGUGCCGCCAAAUUCUCUACCCCAAGGUCUGAACCUCCAAUUUCUUCAUUCUCGAUUCUCGGCGGCCAUACCUUUCCCCGUUUCGUACUUUCCUUGACUGGUUCUUUCUGGGACUUUGCAUCUUUACCUGAGAAUGGCCAAUAAUCCUCAAUAUUCAGGUUUGCAGCCCCUUCGGCCUCCUGUUGUUGGUCCCAUGGAUCAAGGUAGAUCAUUUGUUCCACCCAUGACAGCUCAGCAGUUUCGACCUGCAGUCCCUGGACCUCACUCACAGCAGUUUGUUCCCUUGCCUUCUCCGCAUUUUCAGCCUCUUGGCCAGGGUGUUCCCUUGAUGAAUGCUGGAAUGCCCCCUCCGCCUCCUCAACCUCAACAAUCCCAGUUUUCUCAGCCAGUGGCUCACUUACCUUUAAGACCUUGUGAGCCAGUUCACGGGACAUUACCACCCCAAACAAUUCCACUGCCAGUGGCUCAGCAAAACAGGCAAUAUACUCCUGAAUUGCAACAAGCACAGCCUCUCACUCAACCUGCUGCUAUUGGGAUGCCUGGUCCAGGUGGUUCUGGAACAUCUUUAUCUGCAUCAUACAGUUAUGGGCCACCUCAAAAUUACAAUACCACUAUUGUUCAACCUGUGCCCCAAUCACAUGCACCGGUUGUUUCUUCUGGAGGCCAGCUGGGGAGUUUGGUUUCAGUCACACCUCUGAAUCACUCAAGAGAACAGCCUUAUGCUACCUCCUCUGUAACUUCAGCAGCCAAUGUUUUGCUGAUGCCUUCUGCUACAGCAGCUUCAUCAGAGUGGAGAGAACAUACAUCUCCUGACGGUAGAAGAUAUUAUUACAACAAGAAGACCAAAAUAUCUAGCUGGGAGAAGCCUUUUGAAUUGAUGACUGCAAUAGAGAGGGCAGAUGCAUCAACCAACUGGAAAGAGUUCACAAGUCCUGAAGGAAGAAAAUAUUAUUAUAACAAGAUGACCAAAGAAUCUAAAUGGAUAAUUCCCGAGGAACUGAAGUUGGCUCGGGAGAGAGUAGAGAAGUCAUCUACUCUAGGAACUGAGAAGGAACCUGUUCCUCUUGAACUCCCUUCUGUUUCUACUCUGGAAGCACCAUCUACUACUGCUGAUACUCAAACUACUGCCAAAGAACUAGCAUCUAAUGCAUUGUCAGUAGCUGCUGCCGAUUUACAAACUGAUAAGGAUGCUUCUCCUGGUGCUGUUUCAAGUGUAGAAACAAAUGGUGGAGUUCAGUCACCUGUCAAUAUAGUUCCUUCUAGUUGUGCUAUCUCAGAAAAUGACGACUCUGCUGGUGUCGUGGAGGUUACUACUGUAGAACCCAGGAAUGAUUUGAACCAGUCCUCUGCUCAGGAUACUGAGAAUUUGACAGAUGGUGUUUCUGCCCAAGAACUUGAGGAAACUAAGAAGGAUACAUCAGAUGAGAAAGUUGAAUUUACAUUGGAAGAGAGAGCUAUUGAUCAGGACACUUCGGCUUAUCCAAAUAAGCAGGAAGCUAAAAAUGCAUUUAAAGCCCUCCUGGAGUCUGCUAAUGUUGGUUCUGAUUGGACUUGGGAUCGGGCCAUGAGAAUUAUAAUUAAUGACAAGAGGUAUGGUGCUCUGAAAACACUUGGGGAACGGAAGCAGGCUUUCAAUGAGUUCCUUGGUCAAAGAAAAAAACAGGAGGUGGAGGAAAGACGAACCAAACAGAAAAAAGCGCGGGAAGAAUUCAGAAAGAUGCUGGAAGAGUCAACAGAGCUCACUUCAUCUAUGAGAUGGGGCAAAGCUGAGUCAAUAUUUGAAAAUGAUGAGCGAUUCCAAGCAGUUGAAAGAGAUAGGGACCGACGUGAUCUCUUUGAGAGCUUCUUGGAGGAACUCAAGAACAAGGAGCGUGCAAAAGCACAGGAGGAGCGUAGUCGAAACAUUCUGGAAUAUAGAAAAUUUUUAGAAUCUUGUGACUUUAUCAAGGCUAGUAGCCAGUGGCGUAAAGUACAAGAUCGGUUAGAGGUUGAUGAAAGAUGCUCACGCCUUGAAAAAAUUGAUCGUUUGGAAAUAUUCCAGGAAUACCUACGUGACUUAGAAAAGGAAGAGGAGGAGCAGAGAAAAAUACAGAAGGAAGAAUUGAGAAAAGCAGAACGUAAAAACCGUGACGAGUUUCGCAAGAUGAUGGAAGAACACAUUGCUGCUGGGCUUCUUACUCCUAAAAUUCAUUGGCGUGACUACUGCAUGAAGGUUAAAGAGCUACCUGCAUAUUUGGCUGUUGCUGCAAAUACUUCUGGUUCAACUCCAAAAGAUUUGUUUGAAGAUGUUGCGGAAGAGCUACAAAAACAAUAUCGUGAUGACAAAACUAGAAUAAAAGAUGCUGUGAAGCUGAGGAAGGUUGCAAUAUCAUUGUCAUGGACACUUGAUGACUUUAAAGCUGCCAUUUCCAAAGAUAUCGGGAAUCCUCCAGUACCAGACACCAACUUAAAGUUAGUAUUUGAUGAGUUGCUCGAACGGGCUAGGGAGAAGGAGGAGAGAGAAGCUAAGAAGCGUAAACGUCUUGGGGAUGAUUUUUUUAAUCUUUUAUGUUCAUUUAAGGAAAUAUCUGUAUAUUCCAAUUGGGAAGACUCAAAAUCCUCUUUUGAAGGAAGCCAAGAAUACAGUGCCAUUGAGGAUGAGAAACUAUGUAAGGAAAUAUUUGAGGAGUACAUUGCGCAACUGAAGGAACACACAAAAGAAAAUGAAAAUAAGCGAAAGGAAGAAAAGGCAAGAAAGGAAAGAGAGAGAGAAGAAAGAGAGAGAAGGAAGGAGAAACACAAAAAAGGAGAAAGAGAAAAAGAGGAUCACUUCAAGAAAGAUGGAGUAGACAAUGAAAAUGUUGAUGUUUCAGAUACCCUCGAAUUGAAAGAGAAUAGGCGAUUGGACAAAGAACGUAGUAAGAAACAAAGGAAGAGGCGAUAUAGUGAUGAGGAAUACUCGGAUGAAGAUGAAGCAGGCCAUGAUCGAUCCAAGAAAUCCCAAUCACAUAAAGACCGGAAGAAGUCUAGGCGGCAUGGAUCUGCUCAUGAGUCAGAUGGUGAAAGUAGACAUAGAAGGCACAAGAGAGAUCAUCGAAAUGGUUCAUAUAAGAAUUUAGAUCACGAGGAGCUUGAAGAUGGGGAAUGUGGCGACGAUGGGGCAAUUGAAGUCAUGAUGAGAAAGAAACUUGCAAGGUUUGGAUGAUUAAAUGAAGAUAUGACCAAUAAUAGUAAGUGGUGGGUAUAGUUUUCAAGCUGACCUUUUCCACUACAUCCUCAAAAAAGAGAGAUUAUUAUUAGGGAAAUCCUAAUCAUUUUAGAGGACCUACACCCACAUAAGAAGAAUCAUUGAAACACCACUAUGUUUUGCAAUUUGUAGAUGCCUAUAACAGAGGCAGAGGCAGAGGCAUGCCUAUUUUGUAAUCAUUUUAUCAUUGUGUUUUCUUAGUUUUUGUUUCAGGUGCACCUUAUAAUAGAUCCCUUCUCCACAACCGAACUCUAAUAUGAAAUGGAAAAAAGAACUUUGCUGCAA